CGGACAGUCUCUAAAUAGGUCUCUCUCCUUAGGAGUCUGUGUGAAGAGGGCUGGGCGUGAGGUCAUCGGCCGGCCCCAUGGCUGCCGCCAAAAAGGGCGCGAAGCCCAAGGUGGCCGCCGUCCGCUUCUCUGCCGGGCUCUCGGCCAGCGGACCCCCCAACCACGUCCACUUUGACGAGAAGCUGCACGACUCGGUGGUCACGGUGUCAGAGGAGGAAGACGGCACCGUGCUGGUCAAGGUGGGAUUCCUGAAAAUUCUGCACAAGUACGAGAUCUCGUUCUCUCUCCCCGCCAUCCAGAGACUGGGGAGGAACGUGUGCGCCGCGCCGCUGCCCUGCCGAGACCUGGCCGUGACGGCCAUCACCCCGCUGGCGGAAGGGCACCGCGUGAGGUGCGAGUACACGGCGCGCAGGGAAGGGGUGCUGAAGGAGGAGGUGGUCCUGGCCAGCGAGGCCGACGAGAAGACGUUUGUGAAGGUGUUGGUCCAGGCGAGGGUGCUGGAUCGGCAUCACGGGACCCCGAUGCUGCUGGAGGGGGUGAAGUGCGUCGGCGCGGAGCCGGAGUACGACUCGGAGCAGAGUGACUGGCACGGCUUCGACUGAGCGCGGCGGACGGACGGACGACACGCAGCUUCUGCUUUUGGGCCGGAGAGCUAACGUUCCAGGCUCGGAGUUUUAGAGACAGAACGUCUUCAGUGGAGUAUUUCUGAAAUUUGCCGGAGCGGUCUAGGGCGCCCCCCCUGCUACCCGCCGGCCCCCCGCCUGCUGCGGCUUCCGUGGGCCGUGUGAAUUAUGUUGCGUGUUCUGUGCUUUACUCGUUUUGAAGGUCGCGAGUGUUUAUCACGCGCUGUCAGGAUUAUGAGCGGGGGGGGGGCACACAUGGUACGGUCCACGCUGCUGGUAUUAAGUGGGUUACCGAGUGAAUGUUACAGGCCACACCCCCCUCUUUAUUGGUACUUCUCAGGACUUUCGCAGCUGCAGCGGCCCCCGUUACAAUAACCAAAACCCGAAAAUGACAGUUAUGUCCUGAUUUUGGCAUUUUUCUCCCCAAACAAUCUCUCCGCAGUAACUUCUUCGCGAGUCCAAGCCCCGGCGCGUGUUACGUGUUACGUGUGAAGCCGUGUGCCGGCCGGCGGCUGCUGCUUCUAUAAAUAAAUGGCGUAAAUGCUGUUUUUAGCAUUAUUCUAACUUUCCGUGUAUGAAUUUAUAUGAAAUAUUUAUCGAUCAGACGCACGCGUUUUAUGCCCGAACCGCUAAAAGCUGAAAUCGUAUCAAAAAAAAUCCAAACGCGGAAUGAAUGUCGCAGAAAAUUAACUCUGUAAAUUCCAGUUUCUGUGCAAUGCGGUUUUAUGGGUUUUUAUUAUUUGAAGCAUUUUGAUGACAGUAGAGAUGUUAUGAAGGACGCGCUGCUCCAACCUGAAAUAAAUAAAUGUUUGCUGGUC